AUGUUGGAUGAACUCACUCACGAACUGGCAGGAAAGGCCCCUGUUGUAAUAGGAGGAGACUUCAACGCCUGGGCGGUAAACUGGGGUAGUAGGUGCAACAACCCUAGGGGCCACAGUCUACUAGAGUCCUUCGCAAGACUGGAAGUUGAGCUGUGCAACACUGGAUCCAUCAGCACCUAUCGCAAGCAUGGAUUACCAGACAGAACGUCAGUGAUCGAUAUCACCUUUGUGAGUCCAUCAUUAAAAACUGAUAUGAAUUGGAGAGUGUGUGACGAUUAUACCCACAGCGAUCACCAGGCGAUACGCUAUAGCGUAGGAAACCGAAAUCCGGUGGCAGUAAGGCAGCUGCCAGUGCACGAGCGGAGAUGGAAGACUAAAGUGUUCGACAAGGAAGUGUGCACCGAAGCUCGCGGCACAAUCCAGUAUCGAGUUAAAGGACUGGUAGAUUUGAGGAUCAUCAGCGAUCAGCAGGAUCGGCGACUGAAGAAAUGUUGCCAGGUCGUUAACAAAAAGCAUGAAGAUAAACGGUCCAAAAUGACUACCCUGCGGAACACCAGACGGCAUGUCAAAAACGGAGGAUCCUCGCAAACGUACAUGGAUUAUGGAGAAAGAUUCACUGUCGGAACAACUCCACUUGGCCAAGGCGUGACGCUGCACCGUACCGAAGAGCCAGGAAGGCUGGCGGAUCGUAACAUCACAUGCGGGACGCAACGACGCAAACGUCGAGUUAGGGAGAGGGUAGAGGCGAUUGUCGUCAAGGCACCCGAGGGCACGUACGCAGAUAUCCUACGACAGAUGCGUACAGAUAAGAACCUCGCCUAUUUCGGCGAUAACGUCAGGAGAAUCCAUAGGACCCGCAACGGCGAGAUGAUCCUGAAGCUAAAGCGUGGUGCGCGAAAUUCCAGCGAGACCUUUACAGUUAACGCGGCCGAAGUUCUUGGUGACAAGGCUGAGGUACGGCCCCUCUCACAAUGUUACCCGCUGGCCAACAGUCCGUUACGGCAGGAACAUCAGCAUAGAAGAGAGGAUUACGUUGGAAGAACUUCGCGAAUUCGCCAAGUCUCUCCAACCAAGGAAGGCCCCCGUACCGGACGGCAUUCCGAACGUCGUAGUGAAGACCGCGAUCAGGGAGUUAACCGAAAUGUUCGGGACAUCGUUGCAAGAUAUGUGACGGAACGGGUGUUUUCCGACACGUUGAAGCGGCAGAAACUCGUCCUUCUACCAAAACCGGGUAAACCUCCAGGAGACUCAUCGGCGUAUCGGCGGAUCUGUCUACUGGACACAGCAGGUAAGGUCCUAGGGAAGGUGAUUCAGAACCGACAUCUGAGGUACAAUGAAAGUAAGGGCGGACUCUCGGAGAAACAGUUUGGUUUCCGUAGAGGACGCAGCACCUUAGAUGCCAUCCGCUCUGUCAUUAAGAUAGCGGACAGAGCCAGGCUAACGACGCGAACUACAGUUUAUGACCGGUGA